AGCGCGUCAGCAUGUUGGUGAUCCUUCUGAACUGCGUCACUCUGGGCAUGUACCGGCCGUGUCUGGACGACAAUGGCUGUGACUCCAACAGAUGCAAGAUAUUACAGAUCUUCGACGACUUCAUCUUCACCUUCUUCGCGCUCGAGAUGACCGUGAAGAUGGUGGCCAUGGGCGUCUACGGCAAGGGGACGUACCUUGCGGACUCCUGGAACAGACUCGACUUCUUCAUUGUCCUUGCAGGUGCCUUGGAGUAUUGUUUGAACGUGGAAAAUAUGAACCUGUCAGCAAUAAGAACAAUCCGCGUGCUCAGACCCCUGAGAGCAAUAAACCGGAUACCGAGUAUGAGAAUAUUAGUGAUGCUACUACUAGACACACUUCCUAUGUUAGGAAACGUACUGCUUCUUUGUUUUUUCGUGUUCUUCAUUUUCGGCAUUGUUGGAGUUCAACUCUGGGAAGGAAUACUCAGACAGCGCUGUUAUCUCAAACAACUGCCCAAUAUCAGCUAUCCCAGGCCGCUGGCGUCCUACUACACGUACAUGGAGCAAGACAGGGACUACAUAUGCUCGAAACCUGAAGACAACGGCAUGCACCAGUGCAGCAACUUGCCUAACUAUAAGGUCGGCGAUCUCGUCUGUAACGAGAGCGCCAUCGCUGGCUCGACGAACGCGCCGACGGAGCGAACCUGUGUCGACUGGAACCAGUACUACACGGAGUGCAAGCCCUCGCCCUACAACCCUUUCCAGGGAACAAUCUCAUUCGACAACAUCGGCCUCGCCUGGGUAGCCAUCUUUCUUGUCAUCAGCCUGGAAGGCUGGACAGAUAUCAUGUACUAUGUCCAGGACGCGCAUUCCUUCUGGGACUGGAUAUACUUUGUUCUUCUCAUUGUGAUCGGCUCCUUCUUCAUGAUCAACCUGUGCCUGGUCGUCAUAGCUACACAGUUCUCAGAGACCAAGAAACGAGAAAUGGAACGCAUGCGUUUGGAGCGAGAACGUUUUCGCUCGACGAGCACCCUAGCGUCAUCUACCAACAACUCUGAGCCCACAUCUUGUUACGCAGAAAUUGUUAAAUACGUGGCUCACCUUUGGAGGCGGAGCAAGAGGCGACUGCUUAAGAAGUACCGCUUAUACAAGUACAGGAGACAGCAGCUGAGAGAACAGAAACAGGCAGGAGAUGGGGCCACUACCCCAGUGAUGGGCGCCAUCACGCUCCACCAGUACAGGGGUACCAACGGAAGCAACGGUGUUGUCCAUGGCCACCUACAUCAUCACCAUCAUCAUCUGCACCAUCAUCACCACAAUCACCAUGGCUGUCAUGCACCAAAUCCUACCAGAGACGUGGCUUCUUCGACUGCAGUCAUGACUUCAUACCCAGAAGGACCUCUUCCGACCAUAAUAACAACAGUCACAAAUGACACAGCCAAUAAUGGAGGAAGUGGCCCAACGGGUGCCCCAAGAGCAAGCCCAGAGGUCACUGAUAUAGACCCCACUGCGAGCCCUAAGAGACUUACAGGCAGACUUCUUCGAGUUCCAUCCUCGUCCAACGGACUGGGAGACCCGGCAAGCGGAAGUGAGGUAAGCAGUCAGAACCUGCUGAGUGCAACUGGGAACAGCAAUCAGCAGAGAAGGCCAAGCAGCGUCAUGUUCAGUGACGUUGUGCUGUUCCACGGAGGGGGGGGCGCCAGCAGUGGGGAGACAACGAGAAAUGUGUGUUCCAGUGAAAAAAUGACCCAGACUGGAGACGACAAUCUGUGGCCAGUAUUGGGAAGUACGGGAACUGGCCAGCAGAUAGGAACCCAGCAACAGAUAGUGGAAUGCGGUGGGGUGACAGGCAGCAUGAUGAGCACUGAAGCCAUGACCUGCCAGGAACUGCUGGCCCUGAGUGGGGCCCUCAGUGCAGCACUGCCCACUGGCCAGCUUGGGCUUGGCUCCUUCUUUUCAUCAUUCAGCAAAGGUGGUCUGGACGCCCUGGCAGAUGACCAGGGAGGCCCUCACCGGUGGUGCAACAGCCCAGAUCAUGAGUUCUGUUGUAACGAACAGCCCUGCAGUGGAGACUGGGCCAUGAUACUGGAGGGGAGUGGAGGCUCCAAGAGGCACCACAGGCAUCAUGAUGGCAGAGUUCCCUGGAGAUGGGUAUCUUCCUGUUGUUGCUCCUGUCUGAGGGGUAUCCGUCGAGUCAUCAAGGCUGUGGUGGAGCACAAGUACUUCCAGCAAGGAAUACUCCUCGCGAUCCUCAUCAACACGCUCAGUAUGGGCAUCGAGUAUCAUAACCAGCCGGAAGGACUUACUGUGAUAGUGGAAAUCAGCAACAUCGUGUUUUCUGCAAUAUUUGCAGUUGAAAUGGUGCUCAAGAUUAUUGCUGAGGGUCCAUUUUGUUACGUUAGCAACGGGUUUAACGUUUUCGAUGGUGUGAUUGUUGUCUUAAGUGUGAUUGAAAUGUGCCAGACCUACCUUGGUGAUGGGGAAGGGAGCUCUGGUCUGAGUGUCCUACGAACAUUUCGACUGUUACGAAUCCUCAAGUUAGUGCGUUUCAUGCCAAAUCUUCGCCGUCAACUCUUCGUAAUGCUGCGGACAAUGGACAAUGUUGCCGUGUUCUUCUCACUUCUCAUUCUCUUCAUUUUCAUAUUCAGUAUUUUAGGAAUGUACCUAUUUGGUGGUAAGUUUUGCAUGCUCUCAGAUGGAUCCAGAGAGUGUAAUUGUGACGAAAUCGUGAAUCGUCACCCGCAGUGCGUUUGUGACAGAAAACAUUUUAACAAUAUUCUCUGGGCUACCGUCACAGUGUUCCAGAUCCUUACCCAAGAAGACUGGAACGUGGUGCUGUUUAACGGAAUGGAGAAGACAAGCCACUGGGCAGCCCUGUACUUUGUGGCUCUUAUGACUUUCGGGAACUACGUUCUUUUCAACCUCCUUGUCGCGAUUUUGGUGGAAGGUUUCUCCGCUGAGCGAAAUGAGCGCCGCGAACGGGAGCAACGGGAGUUGGCAAAACAAGCUCAUCAAGCCCACAAAUGCGAAUACAGCGAUCACUUCUCCAGCCUGGAUGGUUCAAGGUCAAGUUCCAGUACCGAAUCCGACAGCUACACCACGGGAACACAGGAGCUGAAGAAUAAAUGGAGAAGCGCAGAAGAGCUGAGGAAAACUGAGAAUGGACAUCGUGAAAAGAACAGCUGGAAGCACAAGCAGGAGGUGGAUGGUGAUUACGAACCAAAGUGCAAUAUUCAGAAAGAAAGCAAAAUGCUUUGUCAACCCCCUGUAAUUACACACACCAUGGCAACUCCCCAGGACUCUCCAAACACAACCCUGGAUCCUUCUAUGAGGGACUUCAACAACCGGCUGAUGGCUCCUGCCCUCUAUGCCAGCUCCACAUCCAUAGAUUCCAUAGACCGCUCAUCGGUAAGUAAGGCAUGGUCAUCACAGCACAGUAUCCCUGGCCUUUUGAAACCCCCUAACAACAAGCUCACAGUGAAUAACUUGAGUCAUCUCACACCCACCCUUGGGAGGCGUGUGAGCCUUGUGACAGUCAGCAAUACAAGUGGUCGCAGAGACACCUCACCAAGCACGCCACGCAUCCAAAGGGUUUGUUCAUGGAAGCUGUCACGGCCUUCCUUGAGAAGAAAGUCACGAUGUGGUGGGUCUGAUGCGGACCAACAAGAUCAGGCAGGUGACCAUGAUAUGGUGCUGAACAACGGCCUCAACAAUAACAACAUCCUGAGCCCUCCUGUCCAUUGUGGGGACCACUCACAUUGCAAUGGUGGGCUUCUAGGCACCAUCCGAAAUGACACACAGGGUACACCAAACAACAGCAGGCGCUUCAAUAAUAAUAACAAUAGCAGCAAGGGACUAAGCCCUCAGAAUUCAAUUCGGAGCAGCCAUGACACUCCUGGAUACUGCCCGCUUCCUCAGGUGUCAUGGGUUGGGUCGCUCACCCGACAGAACUCGCUGUCCAGCAGUAAUUACCAGCCAACACCCUCACAGCAGCAACAGCAGCAGCAUCUCUCCCCUCACCAACAACUCACACCACAAAACUCAUCCGCUUCAUACCACAGUGGAGGACGCGGCACACGUUCCCGCUCCCUUCAAUAUGAUGACAGUGCUAAACCCAUCAACAACCUAAAGGCCAGAACACUGGCAGAAGCCUCACCAUUACCCAGGGUGAAACAAAUGCAUGAUGAUCCUAUCACUGUGAUGUCACAACAAAGUUCCUGUCAGCCCUCAACAAUAAUGAACCAAGCUGGAGUUGUUGUGGAGAAUAACAGUGGCUCGAAUUCACCAGCCGCCAUCAAGAAAGUGUUCAUGUUCUUCGAACCAAAGGGAUGCCUCAAGGAACGGAAUGAUUAUUCACUCUACUUGUUUCCACCUCACAACAGGUUCCGAUUAAUGUGCAAGAAACUGGUAGAGAGGAAGUGGUUUGAUAAUGUGAUCCUCCUCUUCAUCGCCCUGAACUGCAUCACCCUGGCGAUGGAGCGCCCCAACAUCCCACCAGACAGCACUGAGCGUAUAUUUCUUUCUACUGCCAAUUACAUUUUCACGGUGGUGUUUGCUGUAGAAAUGUUUGUAAAGGUGAUCACUGCUGGAAUGGUGUAUGGACAAGAGGCUUAUUUCACAUCAGGAUGGAACAUAAUGGAUGGUUCACUUGUUAUCAUUUCCAUAAUUGAUUUGCUCAUGUCCCUGAUAUCAGAGGGUAGCCCACGGAUAUUCAACAUUCUCAGGGUUUUUAGGCUGUUAAGAUCGCUACGUCCUCUGCGUGUGAUAAAUCGAGCUCCAGGUCUGAAACUUGUGGUUCAGACUUUACUGUCUUCUCUUCGACCUAUUGGGAACAUUGUUCUCAUCUGUUGUACUUUCUUCAUCAUAUUUGGAAUUUUAGGUGUUCAGCUGUUCAAAGGUGCAUUUUACUACUGUGAGGGUCCAAACAUUAAGAAUGUGAGAAACAGGACAGACUGCGAAGCUGAUAACAGGAAUGUGUGGAUAAACCGCAAAUACAACUUUGAUGACCUUGGAAAAGCUCUCAUGUCACUGUUUGUGCUUUCAUCACGUGAUGGUUGGGUCAACAUAAUGUACACUGGUCUCGAUGCUGUUGGUGUGGAUCAGCAACCAAUAGAGAACUAUUCUGAGUGGCGACUGCUCUACUUCAUUGCAUUCAUUCUCCUGGUGGGCUUCUUCGUGCUCAACAUGUUCGUCGGUGUUGUGGUUGAGAACUUCCAUCGCUGCAGGGAGGAACAAGAAAAAGAGGAGAGAGUGAGGCGUGCUGCCAAAAGAGCAAAGCAGAUGGAGAAAAAGAGACGAAAAAUGCACGAACCACCAUACUAUACAAACUACUCACACUCAAGGCUGAUGGUUCAUAAUGUGGUCACAUCCAAGUACUUUGACCUGGCUAUAGCUGCAGUCAUCGGGCUCAAUGUCGUGACAAUGGCAAUGGAGUUCUACCUGAUGCCUAAGGCAUUGACAUAUGCACUGAAGAUCUUCAAUUACUUCUUUACCGCGGUUUUCAUCUUGGAAUCUGUAAUGAAACUCGUAGCCUUAGGAUUUCACAUGUAUUUCAAAGACAAGUGGAAUCAGCUGGACGUUAUCAUAGUGAUCCUGUCAAUUGUUGGCAUCAUACUUGAGGAAGUAGAGUCCAAGAUCAUUCCAAUCAAUCCUACAAUCAUUCGAGUGAUGAGGGUGUUACGAAUAGCGAGAGUGCUGAAGCUGCUGAAAAUGGCGAAGGGAAUUCGGGCACUGCUGGACACGGUGAUGCAGGCUUUGCCGCAGGUCGGCAACCUCGGCCUGCUCUUCUUUCUUCUCUUCUUCAUCUUCGCUGCUUUAGGAGUUGAGCUCUUCGGAAGGCUUGAAUGCAGCGAGCAAUACCCAUGUCAAGGUCUCGGAGAACACGCCCACUUCAGCAACUUCGGAAUGGCAUUCCUCACAUUAUUCCGAGUGGCGACAGGCGACAAUUGGAAUGGCAUAAUGAAGGACACGCUCCGUGACGACUGUGACGAUGAAGCGGACUGCGUGCGUAACUGCUGUGUGUCCACUGUCAUCGCACCUAUCUUCUUUGUUAUCUUCGUUCUCAUGGCUCAGUUUGUUCUUGUUAAUGUUGUUGUUGCUGUACUCAUGAAGCAUCUCGAAGAAUCUCAUAAGCAGAUGGAGGAUGAGCUAGACAUGGAGGUGGAAUUGGAACGUGAACUGGCUGCAGAGCAAGAGGAGCUUCUGGAAGAGGAAGAAGAUGAGUUGGGUUUGCAGCAUGCACUGGAGAUGGCCCUUGACAAUGAAAAACAGGAACAGCAGCAAGUAAAGAAGCCUCUUGGCAAAGUGCUGUCGCUGCCAGCAAAUUUCACAUUCUCUUCCCCUCGUGGCAGUUUGGACACGCAGGAAGAGAUCUUGCUACAACUCCAUGAGAAAAGACGUGGAUCUUCUGCCUCUGGAGACUUCCGUCGCUAUCAUCGUGGUAGUUGCCAUAACCGACAUUCGCAGAGACGACAGACGUUCCAUUCCCACCACGGUCUGCUUCUCCCUCCGGGUACCCCUCCCGCCUAUCCUGCCACAGGCUACACAGCUGUUUACAGUUCCUCGUCAAACAUGGAGGACAGGCUACCAGCCCGACACAAAGAGGAUGGCGGUGCUUGGCUUCUUCCUGAUGCUUCAAAAGACAAAGAACUGAGAACUCCAGUAAGAAGGGUUGGAAGUGACCCGCCAGCUGGGGCAGGCUUUUUGUCCAUUCCAAAACUCCAGCAUCGGGACAUGGGUAGCACAAAACGACUCAACCUCCCAGAACUGUUAGUAAGCAGCACGAGCAUCCAGGGCAGCCAACAUGAACUGUGGUUACAUCCUCAUGGCGAGGAGCAGCUCGGAGUUGAUGUUGGCUUUGGAAGUCCAUCAUCUGCAGCUCCUUCUGAAGACGUGUCACCAGAAUGUGUCGCUCCAGCUGUGAUGCUGGUCCCACCUCCAUAUGGGGCUGCCACACAGACACCAAGCCUUCAGUCACCAGUGUCCUCAAGGUCUACGAACAUCACAGUAGAUGAGGAUGGACAGACAGACAUUCAUGUACAGAGUGUCCAUGAUGAAAUAGUGGAAGUUAUAUCUAGAAGAAGAAACUUGGGUGUUGAUUGUGAAACUGGACAGGAGUCUACAGCAAGGAACUUCUCUAAUAUGAGAAGCACAAGUGGGUCUUCAUCAGAUGUUCCGCCUGAUACGGAUGCAACAAGUGUAGACACAGAUCCUCGACAGACAAGCUCAGAUGCAACACCGCCUUGUACAUCUGAGACAGAUCCAGUUCCAAGUUCUUCCCAACCAUCAGUUGAGAAUGAACCUGAUGACACAUGGACACAGCAGCCACUCCUCAAAACCAGUGUCAAGACAACAGCUGUUCCCAUCUGUGGGAACCAACCAGUUCCAAGUGAUGAGGGCAGCUGUGUCAGGGACAGGAGGUUGAGUUGUGAACUGCAUUCAGUGCAGGAUGAUGAAGCCAAAGGUGAAAACAUCAUGCAUCAGUUUGGUGAUAAAGGUGAUGGAUCUAAAGAGCGGCUUGUAGUGAGUGCUUCAUCAGAGGAAGAAACUAGUCAGCAGCAGCAGCUGUUGCUACCAGAGUCACAACUUGCAGCCAGUGAUGGAAGAUAAGUUCACUCUCAGUUAGCAAGUGCAUGAUGAUGUGUCUGGUCUAUUAGAACAGAGAAUUAGAGACAACAUAUAUUUUUAUUUUUUAUGUACAUUUAGAGUUUGGUAAAGGAGGAUUUAGUUUUAAUGUUCAAUAAUAUUAUAUAAGUUGACCAAUUUCCCCUACUUUCCUAAGAUUGAUGUGGUGUUAAUGCUGUUGCUUUAGGAAUUCAGGAAAACAAAAUAACUCAUAGGUACAGAUACCCCUUUCAUAAAGUUACAUUAUGUUUAAUUGGUAGCAUUAAACAUUCACAAAAUAUAACUUAUAAUAUAGGUAAAUGAUAUUAGUUAUCAAUUCAAAAUGUUCUGGACAUGUGUCUCUUAGCAAAAUUCCUUACUUUUAACAAGAAGUUUUAAGAUGAGUCUCAAGGUUGUGACCAAGAUAUGUUGUUAGACUGACAAGUAUGGUAGACAUUUUCUGUCAUCUCAUUUUGGUUAAAGGAACACAAUGUUUUGGAAGCUCAGUUUGCUUCCAUCAUCAGGUAAAAUAUUGUUCGGUCAUUUAGAUGUAGCUAAUCUCUGUCCCCAUGGAUUAGAACCAGUUUUCAAAACACCGUAUUCCUUUAAUCAAAUAUGAGACAAUGAAAUGUGCCCAAAAUAUCUGUCAGUUUAAGAAACUUUUAGUUAAAAAAUCGACUUGGUUUUGGGAAUGAAUUUACCUGGACUAUCCAUCUUGUGUAGAUGCAUGUAUAUAUGUGCAGAUGCAGAAAAUUAUCAUUUAUUAUCUUGUUAUGGAUACUGGAAAGCUUGUUAACUUUGCAGAAUGACAUGGGAACCAGCUGAACAUUUUACUUUCCCACCACCUUCCCUAAGAGACAGUUGUAGAAACUUGUGUCUUUUAGCACUCAGAAUUACUGGGUUUUUGAACUUUGUUCAUCAUCCAGUAUUCCAAAAACUCCCCCUUCACCUGAGGAUGGAAACAGAUCCAGUUUCCAAAGUGUUGUGUUCUCUGCUUUUUAGAAUACGGGAUGAUAGGAAAAGUCCAUGAACCCAGUAAUUACGAGUGUUAUACACGAUUGUCAGAAACCUUUAGCAUCUACCUGUGUCAUUUAGUGUAAAAUUUCUUCAUCUGCUGCCUUAGACAGGCCUACAUUAAUCAGUUACGGGGAAAGUCUUCAGGAGUAAGAGAACUGAUUGCACUUGAAACAUCUCUUCAAUGUUAAGUCAUUUUAUCAGUUCUGGGGAGUCAAACUGAGCCUUAUUAAGCACUUUCAAUGAGAAUUAAUUUAUUUUGAUUAGAAAUUAAUGCAUUUUAGCAUCUUUCAUAUUUUACUUAAUACAGUUCUGAGGUGAUAUCCAUGCAGAUAUAAAAUAUUAACCACUUCAGAAUUGUAUUUUAUAUGUUAUUUUGUUAUGCUGACAUAGUAUUUUAGAUUUUUUGGAGAACUGUUGGGAGAUUGAAAGAUUAGUGUUCCAAACUUUGUAGACACUGUCAAUGCAGUCCUGAAUAUAGUCCAAGAGACAACUGUAUGUGACUAAACAGCCCUUAACAAGUAUGAGACUUUUGAAAUGAGAUCCAAAAUACAGUGUGAUCCAUUUAAAGUAACACCCAAACAGAAAACAUUGUGUUAUAUAUGUCGGUGAACAUGAAACAUAAAUGAGUGUUAACAGAACAUACUGGAAGUGUCUUGCACUAGCUCUUCCUAUGGGUGCAGCACAACUUAAAAUUAUGUGAUAAUACACUGAGAUAUAAAACAAUGUUUUCUCUUUGGAUAUGGUUGUGUUCUGUUUAACUGAACCAAAACCGAUAUUCUUUUCAUUCAAAAACUGAAAUGAAUUAGGUUUGACUCCCUUAGCACUCAGUAACCAGUAAUUGCCUGCUCCUAGUUUAAACUUGCAGUUGUUUUUAAGGAACUAGGAGUACUGUUGUUGGGAAUGAACCCAAAUAGUUGUACAUGAUUUUUAGAACCAUUUCAAAUUGUGACAAUCUCUUGAAAUGCCUUUCUGAGAGAGUUCUGCAUUGGGUCAGGUGAUGGGACCAUGAUAUAAUAGAUUUAUGUGUGUUUGAGUGGAAUAUUUUGAUUCUUUAAUAACACUGUAAUAUAAACUCCUCUUUAACAAUCAAAAUGAAGUAUCUGUGUGAAAAAUUUAGCAAAUCAAACCAAUAACAUUUCUUCUUCAUAUUGAAAUAAAUUAUACUUCCAAAUGGAGAUUUUUUAUAUAUAAAUAUGUCUCAAAUAAAACGAUCUGACACAAGCCUAGUUCAGCACAUUAGUUUGAAAGUUAUAUGAAAGAGUCAGGUGUAAUAAUAGCCUAAUUUUUUUAUGUUUUAUGUGAACGAAGUUGUUAUUCAUGAUGUUAAAUUAAUUAUUAUAGCAUGUUCACACAAAUCAAGAAAUCAAAACAUGAUGCUGUGCCCAAACACAUAUGGAACAGAAAGUAUGUUGCAAAAUUGUCUCUAUACAGCAAAAAGUUGAAACAAAAAUUUCAUUGCUGGCAUGGUGUGAGUAUCUGUGAGUAAAAUGAUAUUUGAGAUUGCUACAACUGUGAAUAUUAUUGAGAGUCUUCUGAGUUAUGAUGCUGUGAUUGGGUAUGUAUUUACAAGACUGCAUGGUGUCACUUCCCAGGAGACUGUAAUUUUAAUGUGUAAAAAAUUUCUUGUGUCUUCUGAGUACUUGCCCACAGUGCUGGAAUUAGUAGAAGUGAAUUAAAUACAUUUUAAAAGAAUGAAUAAAAUCAAAACUCUCAUUAUAACACAGACUUACAGCAGAAAAUAACUGAAAAACUAUCAGCGUGUACAGCAUUUUGAUCAUCUUGCAUAUAAUGGCCUAUUUUAUUAUGCAGAUUUUCAUAAGUUUAUUAUUCAUUCUAUAGAGAGUUUAUGGUGUGCAAGACUGAUUCCAAACUCAGUGAAUCUGUCCCAGAAAUGAUGAGUAAAUAUCAAAGCAAUUAAAGAAAGUGAAAACCCUGACUCAGGCAGGACUUUCUUCUCCUCUGGAAACAUAAAUAUUUUGUCAGUAGUACCUCAGUAAAACCUCUGCUUAGUUUCUUUGUCUUCUGGCAAUUUUGCUGUUGGUUCAUCGUUCUAGCAGAUCAGUAUUUUAAUGUGAGUUGUUCAGGUACAUAAACUUAACAUUCAUAAGUUAUCACUAAAUAUAACGACACACUGUAGGAUUUGAGAUUCUCAGCAGUGGUGACUAUGAACAGUACUGUCUUCUGGGAUAUGUCACUAGGUUGCUAGACAGGUACCAGUGUCUUGGAGUAUCUUUUUGCCACCAUCUUCAGGAAGAAGACAGAAUAAUUGUGUUUACUGAAAUCAUGGAAGUGUGAAAGGUAAAUCAGGGGCAGUUAAGUAUGGCAAUUAGCCAUUGCAAUUUGAGUUAAUACAAGGAUAUGUCAUAUCAUGGUCAAGGAUUGAAACCGGGGUAGAUACAGGUAGACACUUUCUACUUCAUAUUAAGAAAGCUGUUUCCACUGCCUUAAGAUUUUGUAACUGCCGUUCCCAACAACGAUACAUGUAGGAACACAAGCUUGCAUUAUAAUAAUUUUCUUUUAAUAUGUGUCUGUCAUUCCCCCAGGCUUUUCUACUGAUCUGGAGUGUCUACCUGCCUCUGAAAAAAAAAAAGCCAUUUCCACCCCUGGUGACAGUUCUUCUGGACAUAGAUUUGAAGUUCAUUCUUCAAAAAACAUUUUUUUUUUGUGCCUGAGCUAAAUCAAAUUAAUCUGCCUCUGUUAUUUCAUUUUGCAUUGCUCUAUUUUUCUAGUGCUAUGUUUAACUCUGUUGUGGAAUAGCUAUCCAAAUUAAUAUGACUAUUUUUAUUAUGUACAAAAGUAGGUAGGGUGCUCAUAAACAGUCUGCAACAUGACAUUGUAAUUACUGGGAGAAAACUGCAAAUCUCUUUUAAGCAGGGGUUUUACACCAAGUUUUGUUUUGUAACUCAUUGCUUCUCACUGUUUGUUGAUAGUAUUCUUACUUUUCAACUUGGAACGUCUGUGAUAUCCAUUCUGGUUAUAUUUUAUUCUUGUAUUUUGUUUAACUUGCUAUUUAGAGUAUAUAAAAAAAACACUACACUCUUUAGACUAGAAGCUUGUACAUUACUUAUUGUUAUAUACUUAAUGUUUUAGAACUCUUCACCGAAUUACAGGAAAUUCAUUACAGAUAAUCUGAUUACUGUUAGUUCCACUAAUAAGUACAUUAACAUUCAAAGCCAUACCAUCAUAUUAUUAACUUAUAUCAUAUAUACCUGCUGUCAGAAUACAAUGUGAAACAAAUUAUCUUGCAUAAUACGUUUUGAACCCUAUGAGUGAACUUUCUCUCUGGAGCAUCUCAGAGUAGGCAACUUUAUGGAAGAAAAAUCCUGUAUCUUCAUUAAGCUGUCUGGUGUCGCAAAAUAGUUCUCAUUGUAUGUUGAAAAAAGGAUCAAGUAAUUUC